AUGAACUUUAUUUGUGCGAAUUCGUUGUUUUUGCUCUUAUGCGCAUCUUUAAUGAGUGCUGUUAUUUACCGUGGACAAAGCUCUGUGCCCAGCAUUGUAAAAAAGGCAGAGCGCUACAAACGUAACAACCUGGAUUCAAACCUGGAACCGAUUUCGGAAGCUUCCGGUGAGCGGAAUGAAUUAGAUCAAGUCUUAUCUCUCCCCGAUGCAAUGAACCUGCCUUCAUUGGCACCGAUGGAGCUAGAGAUGGACGCCAAAAUAAAGCUUUUUGGACAGGAAGAUACUAUUCACAAUGGUGAACUCAAUCCAUCAGACCGAGAAUUGUCUACCCCAACUGAACAUGGAUCAACAGAAGUGAACAAAGGACAAGAUGAUUUCCAUGCUUCGGUUCCUGGGGAGCGCGAGACCGGUGAUUUGCAUGACACAAACUCAGCAGACAAGCACACAUCUGAGGUUAUCAUUACCGAGUUAACUGAGCUUCAGAGUAAGGAUGAGACAACCAUUGGUUUUACUGCUUCGACAGCUGAUGAAUUUAGUACUGAAGACGUGGUUGCUCUAGCGAAUGACUUAACGACUACAUCUGAUGUGCCAAUAACGUCAGUAUCUUCAAUCUCUCCGCCACUAGAUACUGUCAGUAAUCAGGAUGAUUUGAGUGUGCCCAGAGAACCUGAAUCCCUCACAUCCAGUCUAGCUUCAACUGUCGAAAUUAGAAACGAUGAAUCCCCUGAAAUCGCGGUUUCUGUUGAUGAGCUGACAGUGACAAAACCUCCGGAGUCUGGAAGCAACAGCUUUUCUGAUGGUGGUAGCAUCGAAAGUGAACUGAAUACGCUCCCAGCUGAUGAUCUGGUCCAAACAGCGGGAGUGAUUACAGAAACAGUUUCUGAAAAUUUAGAUACAGAUCAGUCCACCACAACUGAAUCUCAAACGGUUCCUGAUUACAUCAUAACCAAUGCUGGCUUGCAAGUGACUGAAGCUGCCACAUCUGUGGAUUCUGUGCGUUCUUCCGAGAACAUAGACACUGACGUUGACAACAGCGUGGAAAACGAAGUGAUGCUGACCACAAUUGGGGAGGAAUUCGCUACAGAAGGGAGUUCAGUUGGCCACUCAGAAAAUUUAGCUUCAACUGAAUCUGCCAUAACCGAAACCGAGGAAGUUCUUGAGCACAUUACAACUGGUGAGAUUUUGUCCGUGACUCAAACCGAUAUCCCUGAGGUAUUCACCUACUCUUCCGAAACGACAAGUUCUGCUGGUGAUGACGGUGUCAUAACUGAGUGUCUCAAGUCUACAAGUGACUACAUGGAUCCAACUGUAGAAUCGACCUCUAACACACAGUCCAAAGGCUUAGAUACCAGCCCCACAGAGUACUCCACAAGUAUAGAACCAAAUCCGUUGACAUUACCGACAGAAGACUCGGCCAAAGUAGAUGACGUCAUCGCGUCCGAAGUCUGCAAACCUAUGGACGAGGUAGCAUCCAAAGAAGACUCUUUCCGCGUUCCCUGUGAUUUGUCCACAAUGGAGGGUAUACAGACCAGUACAUCCAUACCGGAGGACACGAGUGAGAUAAGUGACCUCUCGAGUCCUGGAUUGGCAAUGGAGCCCACCGAGGUUGAGCAGGCUUACACGCCUAGUGGUUCUCAGACACCAGUCACGGAGGAGCCGACUAUCUCAUCUGAGCCUCCCAUGACAAGUUCCGUGAGUGUAACCUCUUCCGUGCUACCAGACUUGGAAACAACAUCCAAAGUUGUUCCUGAACAAGUAAUCACCCAAUCGAUUCUUCAAUCCGAUGUUAUUUCGGAAGCUACGGUAUCUUUAGAUACACCUGAGAAGCACUCUCCCGUAUUGCUAGCUGAGUCAUCUUCCGAAAUUGUCACAGUGAGCUCUACAGAAACGACUAUUGUAGAAGUCACGGAACACAUUGUUCUAACGAUUGAACCACACGACAAAACCAUGGUCUCUGUUCAAGACACUAUGCUUCCUACUGACAGUGGUAUUCUUGAUACUAGUGGCACCAAACAGGAAUCAACAGAGUCCGAACUAGACGCGAUAUUUUCUACUUUAACCCCAGUAGCAGUUACCGACAAGCCUCCAGAGCAUGAAACGGAAACGUCUACUUCUGUCACUGUGGAAGAACAGAUAACCACCGAGGAUUCUCUGCUUGAGUUAGACAUAUUGACUGAGGUAACUAAGGGGACGUAUCACGAUCAGUCAAUUACUGAAUAUUCCGAUGACACAAAGGCACUCAGUGACAUCACACAAAGCGCCAGUGUGGUCGGGUCAACAACUGUGAUAUCAGCUGAUGUACAGCCGUACGAAACCACAGAAGUAUUGUUCCCGGAGGACGAGGAAGAGGAAACUGGUGCCGCUAUUACCGACCACAUCACAUCUGACAUCUCUGUUACAGUUUUGCCCGACCCUACCUCACACGUUUCGGAAACCACUCUAUUCACAGAGGAAACAAGCCAAACUAUGACUUCAACAGAAGUCCCAGACACGCUGAUGACAACAAACCUAGAAUUCGACACUGACCUGGAUUCUGGUUCCAGUGCAGUUAUCACCGGCGAAGUUUCUACCGGAGCAACCACGUUGCUCCCUGAAUUCGAGCCUAAGGCCACUCCAACAGGGGCCAGUGAAUCGGAGGCUAUUGACUCAGAAGUUACAAUCUACGACUGGAUUGAUCAUUCAGUCCUAGACAUUGAGAUAUUUCAAGAGGAGAAGGAACUACCGCCUGAUGUCAUAUAUACGCCAGAGAUGUCUUCGGAGGUGACCUCUGAAAUCGUGACAGAGUCAGCGGAGCCGGAACUCGAAACUUCAACCCCGCAGCGAGAACCAGACACGGAAGAAUUGACCAACAUGCCCACGAUACCUCUAACUGGAACAACAAUAGAGGAUGAUCUUAAAUUGUCAACAUCUAUGAUGACUUCAACGGCUGCUCCUCCAGAGACAGACCUGGAAACCACUAAAUUCUCAGACGCUUCGGUAUAUUCACCUAAACCGCCAUGGCAACCUAUAAAAGGCAAUGAGAAUAUUGACGAGGACAUCAUGGCUUCAGAAGCCGCGCUGCCAAGACCGGUGGACGUGCCAGCAAAGCCAAUCGACACACAGCACAUAAGACAAUUCAGCUUUAGCAGAGGUCUUACUGUUGGACUGGUUUUGCUGGCUAUGCUUUUCAUAAUCCUCCUGGUUGGCAUCAGCUUGUUUGUUAUUUGGUUACGCCGUAACCGUGCAAGAACCGCUUCAGAAUCAGUAAUUGAUAAAUUCGAAGCACCUCGAGCCUCUGGAGCACAGAAUAAUGAAGCAAAGGAACGUCUUCGCAAAUUCAGCAACUCGGAAUUGCCCGAACAGAUGCCUGUCAGGACAUCCAGAUCACCUCGAAGAGAGGCUUAUCUAGCAGCAAAUCGACUAAAGGUGGAGGGUAUAAAUCAAAGGAGCUUGAUGAGAAGACGUCAACAACAUAAAAGAGCUCGACUUCUAGCGCACGACGCACUGAUAGAGGAAGCAGCGCCCAGUCCUCCAUGUCGCCCUCGAUGUAUCAGUGAUAUUGGCCUGGAAACGGAUGCAGGAAUGAACAAAUCUGUGAUUUUAGUUGGAGCCUCUGCAUGUCACAGGAGUUCCCAUGAGUUGGGUCGUUCCAGUAAUGCCUACUUACCUCGCUCCUUGAAUGUAAAUGACCCCGAUGUUUUCUUGAAUACCUCCGGCUCACUUCUUGAGGAAGAUAUACAGGUAUCAGAUGCAAGCGCAACAGACAAUGCAACUAAAAACCGCAGUAACAAUAACAGCUUACGAAAUCCCUAUUAUUCAAAUGGCAAAAGGAAUGGAUCACAUCAGUGUUCUACCACCUGGAAGUAUAUUGACGAAACGUGA